CAUGCGUGUGUGAUGUGUGUGUGAUGGAUAUCUUUGAUGAUUGAUUGUUGGAAAGCAAAAGCUUGAGGGUUAGGUGGGCUGAAAAGUAAAACGAGAAAUGAAGACAUGUUGGCAGCCCCAUCAAGGACCAUUUUGGAACGCAUUCAAGAUCCUCUAGAGAACACAGCGUCCCUUCUGUCAGAAGCAUCCUGUCUCUUGUCCACUGUCAGCAGCAAUGACGCUUCGCUAGAACCUCUUGCAGACUGGGUUUACAGCCUUCACCCUCCGCCAGACGCAACAUGGAUCUACGCAGACGCGCUUUAUCACGCUGCGCGUCUGAAAUGUGCUCUGGGGAACCCGCUGGACGGGAUUGAAGCCCUUUUUGGAGCACUCUUUGCGUUGGACGCUGGCAUUGGACUGACAAGGUGGAUCACCCAUCACCCCGAGAGGCCAGGUGACGACGAUGACAAGGUGCUUGAUAGCAUUCUCCCACGUGGCAUGAUAGUCGACGCGGAACAUGCCAGCGCGGUAGCAAGUGUCGCACGCAUAGCACAGGCGCUGGGUAUCGUCAUGACAAAAGCCGGGAACGCCCGUCACGGCCUGCACAUGCAUCUGUGUGCGACAUUUGCAUUUGACCGCCUCAAAUUCAACGUCUCCCAUCUAUCGCACAUCCCGCUUUCGAUAAGUGAGCAUCGGAAGGUGUUCCUGCAUGCAAUCGAUGACGCUUUGGCAUUGUCAGAUUGUACUGAGCUCGCUGUCGAAUUGGCUACAAGAUGGGUGACUCUACACGAAGUCGCUCUUGUGGAAGCCGUUCGGCAGGCUCAAGACGAGGGUGCCAGCGUCGAUCCGUCAGCAUGUGCCGAUCCCGAAUCCCACAUACUCGCACAAGAAGCGUUGGGGCGAGCGCUACAAGCAUUUGGGGAUCUGGAUGGUGCGUAUGCUGCGUGGUUGAGGACCAUCGAUUUAUUGCAAGUCGAGUGGCCUUUUGGUAAAGUUGACCGAGAACUUCAAGUCGAUCCGCUCUUGCUCAAAUCCAUCCGCUCUCAUCUCACAGAAUGCGGCAGAUCCCUGCACUAUCCCAACUGCGAACUUUUAAAUCAUGCUCGCGCAGUGAUCAAGAUCGCUCGACAGCUCGAGCAAGACCAACCCAACAAAUCUCUCGACCCAUCAGAGUCUGCGCGGGACGCACGACUUUUUCUGGCAGCUGGUUCAUUGGCUUACGGCUACGCUCUUGAUCUUGCGGGUGGAUCUGACGACGCGUCCAGUCCUCCAGUAGCAGUGGCAGUCCCAGGCACCGGCAAUGUUCUGCAGGCAGAGGGAGUAGUAAGCAUCCGGGAGCUGUUGGAGGAAGCUGUAGAGUACCUCACAGUGGCACUCGAGCGUGCGUUGGCAGACAAUGACACAAAUUUUGCACGGGUCGUAGCCCUCCAGCUUGCUAUCGUCCAAGUCGAACGACGACAAGAACCCAUCGCGCACACUCUCCUGGAAACCCACUCUCUAAGUCGGCCCUUUCUUAUUGACCUCGACAAUUCCCGAAAAAACGUCCAGUCACUUUCACCCUGCAUCCCGACUAUCGAGCCCUUUCUUCAAACCGUAUACUCAUCCGCCGCUCUCAAACGUCUCCUCCCUCUCGCACCCUCCCCCAAGUUACCCACCAAAAAACCUUCCAAACCUCGUAUGCUCCUCUCCCGCCGCUCAAGGGUGAAUCUUCGUGUCCAAUGUACGUUUUGUUGCAUGAGCUCAGUGUCCGAGCCCAUUAAGUGUGAGAUAUGCGCCUCGAGCGGCGUACUGGUUUGGUAUUGUACCGAAGAGUGUAUGAUGGCGCAUGCUGGCGUGCACAAGAAGGAUUGUGUGAUUAGUGGGGGAUGGGUUGCUGGGCCGGGAAUGUUUGGAUAUGGGAGGGUUUGAAAUGUGGCUGUUUGUAGAUAUGUUUGUGAUUAGCAAGUAUGUUCUGAUUGCAAUAGAUAGUGUCCCGACGCUUCAAAGGUCCUGUUCGGAUUAGACUUGAAAGUACAUUGUAAACUGCAAUUUUAACAUGCUGCAAUCAACCAUCGGA